GGCGUCUACUUCUCGUUCCUUAUCACGUGAUCAAUUUUAAAUUCUUCGCGUCCACAUAUUCGCAUCCGUUGCAGGAGUGAGGAAGUUUGAAAGCUCUGAUUGUUUUUGUCGAAGAUGCCGCGAACGAAGUAUGGACGAAGAAAAACUAAAUCGACGAACGACUCUAUGAAAGAAUACGAUAUCUUGGCACAAACCUUCGAUAGGCAUGUGCAAUUACGUAUUGCUAAAUUAGAACGCGAUGCACAAGCGGAGACCAGGAGCUUCGAAACUUUCAUGGACGUUAUAAUUUCUCGUCUACCGAUGGUAAUACGUCAGAUGACAUUGGGCGAGAUACUCGGUUACACGAACGACAAUGAUAAUCAACACGAGAAUCAUAAUGACGAGGUGAGCUCAUCGAUCAAGGAUUACAUGCAGCCACCUGUAUUUAACUCUAAAUUUAAACCGAAGACGAAUUAUAAGACUGCCAAACGUACCACCACCACCACUGAUGAUGGAUACGGGACUGAGAGAGGUACUAGUGUGGACAGCACAUCGCGAGUUACUAAAACAGAACCUAAGAAGCUAGAAGUACCGACAACAAUGAGGAGAACACGUAGUUCUACUAGAGCAAGUAGGACCCAACUCAGCGAUAUCACUCAGAAAAUGACAACAACUAAAUCCAAGAGUAAGAAGAUGGAUAUGUUUAAGACACCAGCACCAAUAAGGUCCUCGAGCAGCAUAUAUGAUGUAGUUACACCCAAAAUCAAGCCGAAUACACCAUUGAAUGUAUUGAGACGUCCACGGCAAGGAGAAAUGGUCCUCAGCAUGCAAGGCAGUCCAUUAUUGGUCUCCGCUGUUGUUGACGAAAAAAUUGCUAAUAUUAAUGUACCUUUGGCUAAUGGCAAUGUGAUGUCCUUGUUGCCUCAAGAGGGAUUGCGUAUGUCACAUAUUCCUCCAUUGGAUUCUGAAACAAUGCAACAGUUGCAAACUCUUAAGAAUCAUAUUGAGAAAGUUAUUGCAUUGAAGUAACAGUGUAAAAUGAAGGAUUUAUUUGAAUUCUGAAUUUUAAGACAUCAGCGAUUGAACAAUACAUAUGACAAUCAUAGAUCAAUGUCAAAGAUCAAGCUUGUUAAAUAUAGAAAAAAAUUGAUAGUUUUAACUUUUGUAUAACAAUGUGAUAUCUCCUUUGUUGCAUCAAAAAGGAUUUUAUGUAAUGUUGCAUGUUCCUUCAUGGAAAAAUCGUUGGAUUUUGAAAUAAUGCAGCAAUUGGAAACUUAGAAGUCACAUUGAGAUUAUUAAAGUAGUGAUGUCAGAAUUAUUAAUAAGUUAGUAUAUA